GUUCACAUGCGCUUGUCCAAUGAUUCCUCUGCAGUAUGGUGACCUCCUCGGCUCUGUAAACAGCCGGGCUGACCAGAAACGAAGACGAUCUAGUAGCUGUUACAGUGCCAGAUUUUAAUCUGUUCUAAUUCACUGAAUGGGAUCUCAGGACACAGAAUUCACUUCUAGUCUUUAUACUAUCUGAAGGAAUGGCUGUGCAUGUGCCCUUCAGACUUCUGUUAAUGCACAGACUGGUGACGGUUUGUUCCUCCAGUCAGAGGCACAUCAAACACAGGGAUAUGCUUUUUAAAGUUUCUAAGAUUAGAAAAGAGGUAAGAAGUUUUUCAAUUGCUUGUGUGAAAUGUAACAACAAGGAAGCUGACAGCUCAGAUUGUUCACACCUGAGGACCGAGUCGACAUCCAGACGAGCACUGCUGUCCAGGAGCAGACGAUCUCUGUCCCCUCUGGAGAGGAUCAGCAGCCUGCUGCCCCAGGACGCCCUGAGCCCCGAGGUGAUGCAGCUGAGAGAGCAGGAACCUGACGAGGAUACAAACAUCCAGCUUUCAGUCAGGCACUCCACACAAGAGGAAAGUGGACAUAACAUGUCUGUCAAUGAGGUAAACCCAGAGACCUUCCGUGCCGAAGAUGCAGAAGCCGAGGCAAACACCGCAUCACUUCAUCACGAUGAAAGGCAGGCAUGGCCCACUCUUCCUGGGGAGAGUUUGCUCACCUUCGGAGAGCUGCUUAUCGCUGAGUAUCGUAAAAAGAGACGGGUAGAGUUUAGGAAGAUGUUCCAGCUGCAGACAGGGGUCCGUCUGCAGAGCAGCUGGGGGACCAUCCCUCAUGAUGACAUGGCAGGGCAGCCAGCAGGUCGGUUCCUGAAGACCAGCAGGGGGGUUCCCAUCUUCAUCCGCCGGGCCAGCCUGGAGGAUUAUGUGCUGUAUAUGAAGAGAGGGCCUGCGAUCGCUUACCCUAAGGAUGCAGCUACCAUGCUCAUGAUGAUGGAUGUCACAGAGGGAGACUGUGUGUUGGAGUCGGGCUCCGGGUCAGGGGCCAUGUCACUAUUCCUGUCCAGAGCAGUGGGCUCUAAGGGCAGCGUGCUGAGUGUGGAGGUCAGGGAGGAUCACCACAGGAGAGCCGUGUCCAACUACAAGCGCUGGAGGGCGUCAUGGAGCGUGAGACGAGGGCAGGAGUGGCCCGACAACGUCCAGUUUCACUAUGCCGACCUGUGCACAGCCUCGUCGCUCCUCGCUGGUCGGGGAUUUCACGCGGUUGCUCUGGACCUGAUCAACCCUCACCUGGCUUUACCCACUGUGAUUCCACAUCUGCACCCUGGAGCUGUGUGUGCCGUCUACCUCGCCAACAUAACGCAGGUCAUCGACCUGCUGGAGGGUCUUCGAUGUUCGUCGCUCCCUUUGCUGUGUGAACGAAUCAUAGAGGUUCCAUCCCGGGAGUGGCUGGUGGCCCCAGCCCUGAGGAAGGAUGGCCGCUAUUGCACCAGGAGCGCUCCGAUCCUGGCUGAGGAGCCGAGACAACAAGACGACACAUCAGAUGAGCCUAACAAAGAGGAGUUGUCCACAGAGGAAGACCCUGACCCAGGCUUUGGGAGUAUUCCUUACAUUGCCAGACCUCAUCCUGAACAGAUGAGUCACACAGCAUUCCUGGUGAAAAUGAGGAAACGUGUGCAGUAACAUGUGAGGCACCCUGGAUAAAAAUGAUUGUUACUCAUCAGAUGAAUGGUUUUACAGGAAAUAAUUUCAAAAUAAUAAAAUAAUUGAGACUAAAACUUA